AUGACACCAGACGCAGACAGUCUUCUGUUUAUGAAGAAAAACCAUAAAAAACUUAUGUUUGUACUCGGAUGCCUUUUUUUCAAAAUGAAUUCAGUGAAGUUCAUGUUCGCAACUCUUUUAUUAACUGCUGUUGUGGAAAUUACAGAAGAACAACAAGAAAAUCGGUUACUCGCAUAUGCCAGCCAUAAUUUCGCACCACUCGCUCUGAUUAGAGAACCUACGAGUAAUUCAUCGUUCAGACUAGCUAUACCUCACAAAAGUGACAGCAAUGAGCGUCUAGUCAGCUACUAUUACGAAAAGGACGAAGAAUUCGUCGCAAUGUGUCCAGCAGAGUUCGAUCACGAAUUAUCGAUUCAAACAGAAUGGAGAAAAAAUAAAGGGAAAGAAAACGACGUAAUUUUUUUCAAAAGGGAACACAUCCUGGAUUGCAGUCACCAAACCAAAGUUCAACCUUCUGUUACAAAACUUAGAAAAUCCAAAGAACAAAAUAUUGCUAUAUCUUGUGGAAGGAACGAAGCAGAAGGUUCUAUUUAUGGAGUAGGAUUUCCAGCAUGGAACGAAAUCAAAGAGGAAAUUGUAUUUAUUACUAUAUACCAAAUAUGCUAUUCAGAAAAAACUGGGAUGAUUUACUCAAAUCAUCAGAUACUAUCACCUAGCCUAGUGAGGUUUCGUGAUUACUACGAACCUAAUUUGAAAUUCUCUUCGUUUUUAGAUAAAGACGAAAAGAAAUCGAAUCAGUUGAACAACAAACUGCUGUAUCAAUUUGUAACUUCGUAUGAUAUGCCAACGUAUAACUGGGAACUGACAACUCUGUUUCCUUUCAACAUAAUUCCCAUUGAAAAUACAGACAUUCUCAAAUAUCUCACUAAUAUUGAUAAUUAUAUUCGUUUUUUUAGCUUGAUGAAAAAUCAAUCGUUAACAUUAUAUUCCGGAAUUCACAUCGAUUGGCCGGCAAACUCUAUAUGGAGAGUGGUCAUGGACUAUUCUGAAACUCAAGCUAUAGUAAUCGUAACUCAAAUUGCUGUGCGCCAACAGCUAAAAUCGAUAUGUACAGACGAAGAAAUAAUUUUGUUCUGGAAAAACAGCAUUUGUGUGUAUACUUGCCUUCUGAAUGAAGUAGUAAGCAAAACGCUUCAUCUACCACAAUUUAGAGAAACUACUGAACUGGAUUUAAAAAUCCCUAAGACUUCAACACAAGACGAAGGAUCCUCAAAUACUCAGUUCAUGGUUAAAGAAGCGAAUUUAGCUGACUUUGUAAAAUCAAAAACUAACAUUGAUGUAUUGCUGGAAUCGUAUAAUCGCGAACUUGGGGCUUCGGUACGUGCUGAAUAUGAGCUACGUAAUAGUGCAGGUGCUAGUCCUAAUAAUGAUGACGUUGAUGAUAAUCGUCGUGAUGAAUUUGAAGGGUAA